UUAUGUGAGGUGGAGCCCUUUAAAAGAGAAAGGACAGUGGCAUUUACAGUUUCCUUCCCUGAAUGAACACCUCUCUCCUCUCAGAGUGUACUGAUUGACCAAAAUGGCCCCUGAAACACUGGAAAGGGUCCACAGCAGCAUUUCUCCAGACCCUUCAAAGCACAACUGAACUUCAGUCAAAAGCACAUCUGCCUGCAACACAGACGGAUACUUCAAGUUUCAAGUGACAACACGAUGCUUCAGCCAGACAUUCGGUACACCAAAGUGCGAUGGCUAUUAACCAUCGCUGGAGUCUUCCUGUAUGUCGGGGACAUUUGGACAGACAUUGUACUGGCUGUGAAAUAUUUUCAAGAGGAACAAUACGUCUGGACUGGGUUCACCGUAAUGUUUAUUCUGAUCGGACUACUGGUUACUCAGAUCUUCAGCUAUGCCUGGUAUUGGGAUGACUUGAAUGACCCUCUCUUAAACCCUGAAGGAAAAAAAGAAAUAUCAGACAUGUCAAAACCUGGGCUUGUUGUCUUGCAUGCAUUUGGCUUGGGCAUCUUUACCAGGUAUUACCACCUGCUGAAAGAGGGUUUCCAAGUGGUUUGGACGAAAACAAAUGGCGAUGGGGUGGAUAAGCUGAGAGAAGUUCACAAGAAGCUGUUUUGCAUGGCCACCGAUCUGAGCAUGCUCAAGCUCUUUGAGACUUUCCUGGAGAGUGCCCCCCAGCUCCUUUUACAGCUUUACAUAUUACUGGGCCACAACGAGGUCUCAGUCAUGCAGUGUCUAUCUGUGGCCUUCUCCUUCUGUAACAUUGCAUGGUCACUGGUGGACUAUCGCCGCUGCCUGCGGAGAUCUCUCCCCCAUAUCAGAGAAAUGCCCUCUGGCCUCCCCACAGCAAUCUACCUCCUCUACAAAAUUUGUACCAUCACCAGCCUCAUUCUCAGCUACAGCCUCCUCCUCAUACUGAGUAUCUACACUACAGUAGCACUCACUGUCCUCUGGCUGCUGGCAACAAUAUGGACACAUUUGCUUGAAACCAAAUUCUGCUCAGGCAGAAGCCUGGAGUUUCUCUACAGGGCAGUUGUAGGAGUCAUCCUGACAUUCACAUUUUUUAAUGUGAAAGGACAAGACACAAAAGUAGCCAUGACCACCUACUACAUUUUCUACACUGUUAUUAACAUUAUGUCGCCGUCAUUGAUGGCUUUGUUAAAGCCGGAGCUGCAAACAAGCACUUUGCUGCUGACAAUCAGCGGUUUAAUCUGUGGAUGCUCAGUGCUGGGACUGGUGUGCCUCAUUUUGUACUACGUCCAACUGCACCCCAGAAGGGUGCAGCGCGAAGAGGAUGAGGUGGACGGCCUGGAAACAAAGGAAACAAAGUCACUUGCAAGAAUCAAGAACUUCUUGAAACCUUAAUGAAGAAUUUCCUUUUCAAAUUAGCGUGACAGGGUUCAAACAGACACGCACAGGUUCAACCGGCCUAACGAUUUCACACGGAGAUAAAAUAAAGGAGCUUUUAGAGGUU